AUGGCUCAGAGAAAUGUCUUUCUUUAUUCGCGACAAGGAACAAUAUUUACGCUUUUCCUUAGUCUGAAGAGUUCGUCUAUCUAUCUAUCUAUCUAUCUAUCUCAGUAUUUUUAUCUAUCUAUCUAUCUAUCUAUCUAUCUGCCUGCUUAUCUAUCUAUCUCAGUAUUUCAAUCUAUCUAUCUAUCUAUCUAUCUAUCUAUCCAUCUUAUCAAUCUAUCCAUCAUCUAUCUAUCUAUCUAUCUAUCUAUCCUAUCUAUCUAUCUCAGUAUUUCAAUAUAUCUAUCUAUCUAUCUAUCUCAUUUCUCUAUCUAUCUAUCUAUCUCAGCAUUUUUAUCUAUCCAUCCAUCUAUCUAUCCAUCUAUCUAUCUAUCUGCCUGCUUAUCUAUCUCCAUCUAUCUAUCCAUCUAUCUAUCUAUCUAUCUAUCUAUCCUCAGUAUUUCAUCUAUCUAUCUAUCUAUCUAUCUAUCUCAGUAUUUCUAUCUAUCUAUCUAUAUCUAUCUAUCUUUCUAUCUAUCUAUCUAUCUAUCUAUCUAUCUCAGUAUUUCUUUCUAUCUUUCUCAGUAUUUCUUUCUAUCUAUCUAUCUCAGUAUUUCUAUCUAUCUAUCUAUCUAUCUAUCUAUCUAUCUAUCUCAGUAUUUCAAUCUAUCUCCCGUAUUUCUAUCUAUCUAUCUCAUCCAUCUGUCAGUAUUUCUUUUUUUUAUUUAUCUAUUUAUCCCAGUAUUUCAAUCUAUCUAUCUAUCUAUCUAUCUAUCUAUCUAUCUAUCUAUCUAUCUAUCUAUCUGUCUCAUUAUUUCUCUCUAUCUCGCUCGCUGUCUAUCUAUAACAGAUAUAUACUUUCUCACAUUCACACACAUCUAUCAUCCAGGAUCUAUCUAUCUAUCUAUCUAUCUAUCUAUCUAUCUAUCUUGCCUGAAAAUGAAGUAUAUAGAUUUUGUAACUAUCUCAUCUAUCUAUCUCGAUAUAUAUAACUUAAACUACCCUCUAUAUUCAUCUAUCUAUCUAUCUAUCUAUCUAUCUAUCUAUCUAUCUAUCUAUCUCGAUUGCCUACUGCGUAUCUAUCUAUCUAUCUAUCUAUCUAUCUUAAUUUUAUCGGCUUAUAGAGUGUUUACUCGAAGGCGCAAUAAACACUUCUUAAUUAACGCGUCGCUCUAUCUAUCUAUCUAUCUAUCUAUCUAUCUAUCUAUCUAUCUAUCUAUCUAUCUCUUAAUCUGUUCAUAUCUAUUUAUCUAUAUCUUAAUCUGUUCAUAUCUAUUUAACUAUGUAUCUAUCUGUCUAUCUAAAUCGGUUCAUUAUCUAUCUAUCUAUCUAUCUAUCUAUCUAAAUCGCUUCAUAUCUAUCUGUCUAUCUACCUGUCUGAAUCGGUUCAUAUCCAUGUAUCUAACUCGGUUUCUAUCUAUCUAUCUAUCUAUAUCUUAA